UGCCACCGAUCCCGCAGCCGCUCUGACCCGGCGUGGCUCUCGCAGGGCAGCACCCGCAGCACAGGGCGGGUUUUUGGGGGCCUCUCCCACCCCCGUCUCCCAGCGAGGGAGCAGGGAGCUGGUGGAGAGCUGCUGCUUGGACUGCAAAGCCCCAGUCCUGAAGACCAUCACCCAAAAGCACGGUCGGGGUCCGGUGCCUCUGGUGCCGCUGCUUCUCCCGGGAAGGAGGCGGUGGCCGCAUCCUGCUAGGAACCCGGGCUGUGGCCCUGGCACGGGUGACACCUCUGCCGGCAGGUAAGGAAGAUGGAUGGAUGAGUCGGCAAAGAGAAUCGUGCUCCUUUAACCCCCCGCUGCUCGGAGAGGGGCUUGCCAGGAUAUACCGUGGGAUUUUGGCUGUCGUGGGAGCCCUGCGCCCGGCAAAGGAGCCGCCUUCAGCCCCUGGAGACCUGGGGGCUGCCUCCCCCGUCCCGCCGAAGCAGUUUACCGGCCGCCGUGGAAGCUGUCCUGCACCCGUGGAUCCCGAGAGGACGAGCACCCACAUGAUCUCGGCGGAUGAUGCCGAGUACCCGCGGGAGUACCGGACCUUGGGCAACGGCACCCGGCGCUUCUCCAACGUAGGGCUGGUGCACACCUCGGAGCGCCGGCACACCGUCAUCGCCGCCCAGAGCCUGGAGGCCCUCACCGGCCUCCAGAAGUCGGAGAUGGAGCGCAAGCGGGAUGCCUUCAUGGACCACCUGAAGAACAAGUACCCGCAGCACGCGCUGGCGCUCCGGGGACAGCAGGAGCGCAUGCGGGACCAGCAACCCAACUACUGGAGCUUUAAGACGAGGAGCUCCCGACACUCCCAGGGCUCCCAGCCCGGCUUGGCCGACCAAGCCAAACUCUCCUUCGCUUCGGCCGAAUCCCUGGAAACCAUGUCGGAAGCAGAGCUGCCCCUGGGGUUCAACAGGAUGAACCGGUUCCGGCAGAGCCUGCCCUUGUCCCGCUCCACCAGCCAGACGAAGCUGCGAUCGCCAGGGGUCCUUUUCCUGCAGUUUGGGGAUGAGACGAGGCGCGUCCACAUCACCCACGAGAUCAGCAGCAUGGACACUCUGCACGCCCUCAUUGUCCACAUGUUCCCCCAGAAGCUCACCAUGGGGAUGCUGAAGUCUCCCAACACUGCCAUCCUCAUCAAGGACGAGUCGCGCAAUGUCUUCUACGAGCUGGAGGAUGUCCGCGAUAUCCAGGACAGAAGUAUCAUUAAAAUCUACAGGAAAGAGCCACUCUACGCCUCGUUCCCAGCCUCGCACAUCACCAAUGGCGACCUGAGGAGGGAGAUGGUGUACACCUCCAGGGAAUCGUCUCCCACCCGCCGGCUGAACAACAUGUCCCCGGCUUCCCACCUCACCUCGGGCUCCCCUCCGCCGGUGCUCCAGUCCUCCUCGCCGUCCCGUUCCCGCAUGUCCUACAGCGGGGGCCGCCCGCCCUCCUACGCCGGCAGCCCCGUCCACCACAGCGAGCGUCUCUCCAACCUGCCGCCCGCCCAGGGCGUCUCGCCCAGUCCCAGUGCCAUCCUGGAGCGCCGGGACGUGAAGCCGGACGAGGACUUGGCCGGCAAGAACGUGGUGCUGGUGAAGAAUGAGGGGCUGUACGCCGAUCCCUACGGAAUGGUGCACGAGGGCCGGCUCAGCAUCACCUCCACCCAGUCCCUGGCUGGCAUGGGAGACCCUUUCGGCUACUCGGGGGGGCUGUACAAGCGGGGGUCCGUUCGCUCCCUCAGCACCUACUCGGCGGCCGCCUUGCAGACGGAGCUGGAGGACAGCCUGUACAAGCCCAACGCGCCCAUUUACAGCGACACAUAUGGACCCGGCUUGGGUUUCCGCAUGCCCCCCUCUUCCCCGCAGAAGAUGGCCGAUGGCCGGCUGGUGGACGUGCAGCCGGGGCAAAGCCCGCACAGCCCCUACUCGGGACCCCCCAGCCGCUCCUCACCCGUCCGUCAGUCCUUCCGCAAGGACUCCUGCUCCUCCGUCUUCAUGGAAAGCCCCGUCAACAAGCCACGCAAUCCCAGCUCCUCUGGUCCUCCGGAGCUGUUUCCCGGCCCCAGUGAUCGCCCGCUCUCGGGGUUCGGCUCCCCUGGACCAGCUAAGGAUACGGAAACGAGGGAGAGGAUGGAGGCGAUGGAGAAGCAGAUCGCCAGCCUGACGGGGCUGGUGCAGAGCGCGCUGCUCCGCGGCUCCGAGGCCGAGACCCCCAGCGAGAAGACAGAAGCCACCAACGGCGGGACCCCCCCAUCAGCGUCGACCAGCCGCAGCGGCAUGGGGACACCGGUGCCCGCGCCCCCGCCGCCCUCCGCCACCAGCACGCCGGCGGGGCAGCCCACUGCCAUCACCCGCUUGCACAUGCAGCUGCACCUCCACGACCUGCAGCAGAACGCCAGCGACCUCCGCAACCAGCUGCAGCAGCUCAAGAAGCUGCAGCUGCAGAACCAGGAGACGGUGAAGACGAUGCUGCGGCGGACGGAGACGGAGAUCAGCGUUCGGGUGACGGACACCAUGCGCAAACACGAGGACCCCUUGCAGCGCCAGCGCAGCUUGGUGGAAGAGGAGCGGCUCCGCUACCUCAACGAGGAGGAGCUGAUCACCCAGCAGCUCAAUGACCUGGAGAAGUCGGUGGAGAAGAUCCAGAAGGAUUUGGCCCACAACCACCGGCUCAUCCCUGUGCAGGAGCUGGAGGAGAAGGCAGUGGUGCUCAAGCAGCUGGGGGAGACGCUGACAGACCUGAAGGCCCAGUUCCCCAGCCUGCAGAGCAAGAUGCGGGUGGUGCUGCGGGUGGAGGUGGAAGCAGUCAAGUUCCUCAAGGAGGAGCCGAACCGCCUCGACGGUCUGCUCAAACGCUGCAAGACGGUGACGGACACCCUCGCCCAGAUCCGCAGGCAAGUGGACGAGGGCGUGUGGACCUCCCCCAGCAACCUCAGCCAGUCCCCCAAGAAAGUGGCCCCUGAGACCGACUUCAGCAAAGGGCUGGAUUUGGAGAUGCCCACCAGCCCCCCAGUGAACCUCCACCACCUGACGGCCGUCACCGAGACCCUGGCCAUGCCCAGCUUUGGGCACAGCCCCCCCCAAACCCAGACCCAUCCCUCCAAGAGCAAUAACCCUUCCCGAGCUCCGGAGAUGGUACCCGCCAAGACCCAGACGGGCCCGGAGACCCCCAGCAAGAAGAGUGCAGACAAAGCUGUAUCCGUGGAGGCUGCCGAGCGGGACUGGGAGGAGAAGCGGGCAGCGCUGACCCAGUACAGUGCCAAGGACAUCAACCGUCUCCUGGAGGAGACGCAAGCUGAGCUGAUGAAGGCCAUCCCCGACCUGGAGUUCGCUGCCAAGCACAAGCAAGCCACGGGCAGCGGCAGCGCUGCCUCCACGCCUGAGCACAAACCCUCCAAGCCGCAGCACGCACCCAAGUCGGGGGGCAAGGGGGACCCCAACGGCCGCAGGGGAUCAGACGAACUGACGGUUCCACGGUACCGGACCGAGAAACCCUCCAAAUCGCCGCCACCUCCCCCUCCACGCCGGAGCUUCCCCUCGUCCCAUGGGCUGACCACGACCCGCAGCGGCGAAGUCAUCGUCACCAGCAAGAAGGAGCCUGGUUUUAUGAAGAAGGCCGAGUCGGAAGAGCUGGAGACCCAGAAGCCCCAGGUGAAGCUGAGACGGACGGUGUCGGAGGUGGUCAGGCCAGCGUCCACCCCUCCCAUCAUUGCGUCUGCCAUCAAAGACGACGACGACGAGGACCGCAUCAUUGCGGAGCUGGAGAGCGGUGGCGUUUCCAUCCCAGCCAUGAAGGUGGUGAACCCGGCGUCCCGGCUGAAGCAGAGCCAGCAGGGCAGCCCCGACAAAAGCAAGCACAUAAAGCAGCGGAUGGAGUACAUGCGGAUCCAGGGCCAGCAGCAGGCCGCUAGACCAUCUAAAGAGGCUAGUGAGACUUCCCCCGCGGUCUCAGAAAAACCCGCAUCUGGCAGAACAUCCAUCCCCGUAUUGACUUCCUUUGGGGCAAGGAACUCCUCCAUCUCAUUCUGAGCAUCCUUGCCAGCUCCACCCAACCGCUCUCCUGCUCCUGGGGCCGGGCUUCUCUCUUCCUUGGGCUCCUCCUCCCUGGGACUUGUCUUCUUGAGGCACCUGGAGGGAUCGCCACCCGUCCCUCUCUUUCUGUUUUUUUCAAUGUCUUGCUCCAAUGUGGCCGACCUCGUGUCUCGCCUCUGCUCCGCCACGGCCCGACUCGUGUCUCGCCUCUGCUCCGCCACGGCCCGACUUCUGUCUCCCAUCUCGCUCUGCAAUGGCCAACCAGCCACUUUCUGUUUCUCUCUCUCUUUCUCCUCCCUUUUCCUUUUCUUUUUCCUUUUCGUUUCGGUUCGUUUGGGUUGCUGUCGGUUUGGUUUUUCUCCCUCCCUCCCUCCCCCGCCCCGCCAUUUUCUGUUUAUUUAAGAGCUCUCAGAGCUUCACUCCACCGGUUUCACCAGCUUCAAGCAAGGAGGACGCCGGGCAGCGCCCGACCCCGCUGCCCGCGCGGGCAGCACCCAUCCCACCUCGGAAAAGUGGGAAACG